AAACUAUCACGCCUGAAACAAAAGAGUUUUACUGGGAUGAAUUUCAAAAAUACUUUGAUUGGCAAGAGGUGACUCCACUAGUAAAGGAAGCUUGGAGGCGUAAGUCUGCAGAGCGCUAUAAGGCCCUAAUGUGCAAUGUCAGGAAAGGAAAAUCCAAGGUCAUCGUGCCUAAUAGUACAAUGCAAAAAUGGAAGGAGGCAUGGAGUAGCCCAGAGUUUAAAGCCAAGAGCCAUCAAUUCACUGCUAACCGUUGUAGUGAGAUAGGGGGAGUUGGGGCAGGCAUCUCUAGACACACAGGGGGUUCAGUUUCACAUGCUACUCACGCAGAUAGAAUGGAAGCCCAGCUUGGCCGAAGACCUUUUCCUUAUGAACUUUUCCAUAAGACCCACACUAGGAAAGGCACCUCCGAUAUGGUUGAUUCACGAGCGCAAUCAAUUAAGGAUGCAUUUUUGGCGCUUAAGGAGCAGUCGUCUCAACCACAAGAGGGGUGCAGUGACCCUCCUAUUGUAGAUGAGGUCGCACUAUAUUAUCAAGUUGUGGGGGGGGAGAAGAAGAACAGGGUUUAUGGCAUUGGAUCUCAAGCAUCAAUUUUUUACCCUAGCUCAUCACAUGGAUCAUCUUCUCGCAUCCUAUUGUGCUCGAUCGGAGGCAAUUCAUGA